ACAACUGCUAGCCCCACUACAACCACAACUGCUAGCCCCACAACCACAACUGCUAGCCCCACAACUACAACUGCUAGCCCUACUACCACAACUGCUAGCCCCACUACCACAACUGCUAGCCCCACAACCACAACUGCUAGCCCCACAACUACAACUGCUAGCCCCACUACAACCACAACUCCUAGCACCACUACCACAACUGCUAGCCCCACAACUACAACUGCUAGCCCCACAACCACAACUGCUAGCCUCACUACCACAACUGCUAGCCCCACAACCACAACUGCUAGCCCCACAACCACAACUGCUAGCCCCACAACUACAACUGCUAGCCCCACUACAACCACAACUGCUAGCACCACUACCACAACUGCUAGCCCCACAACUACAACUGCUAGCACCACUACCACAACUGCUAGCCCCACAACCACAACUGCUAGCACCACAACUACAACUGCUAGCACCACUACCACAACUGCUAGCCCCACAACUACAACUGCUAGCCCCACAACUACAACUGCUAGCACCACAACUACAACUGCUAGCCCCACAACCACAACUGCUAGCCCCAUUACCACAACUGCUAGCCCCACUACCACAACUGCUAGCCCCACAACUACAACUGCUAGCCCCACAACUACAACUGCUAGCCCCACAACUACAACUGCUAGCACCACAACUAAAACUGCUAGCACCACUACCACAACUGCUAGCCCCACAACCACAACUGCUAGCCCCACAACUACAACUGCUAGCACCACUACCACAACUGCUAGCCCCACAACCACAACUGCUAGCCCCACUACCACAACUGCUAGCCCCACAACUACAACUGCUAGCCCCACUACAACCACAACUGCUAGCACCACUACCACAACUGCUAGCCCCACAACUACAACUGCUAGCACCACUACCACAACUGCUAGCCCCACAACCACAACAGCUAGCCCCACUACCACAACUGCUAGACCCACUACCACAACUGCUAGCCCCACAACCACAACUGCUAGCCCCACAACCACAACUGCUAGCCCCACUACAACCACAACUGCUAGCCCCACAACCACAACUGCUAGCCCCACAACUACAACUGCUAGCACCACUACCACAACUGCUAGCCCCACAACCACAACUGCUAGCCCCACUACCACAACUGCUAGCCCCACAACCACAACUGCUAGCCCCACUACCACAACUGCUAGCUCCACAACCACAACUGCUAGCCCCACAACCACAACUGCUAGCUCCACAACCACAACUGCUAGCCCCACAACUACAACUGCUAGCCCCACUACAACCACAACUGCUAGCCCCACAACCACAACUGCUAGCCCCACAACUACAACUGCUAGCCCCACAACUACAACUGCUAGCACCACUACCACAACUGCUAGCCCCACAACCACAACUGCUACCCCACAACCGCAACUGCUACACCGCUACCACAACUGCUAG